UGAUGUCCUAGCGAUGUCUAUAUAUGAUUUCUGCUCGUUGCUGUGGCAACAACAAAGAUAACUUUUCUACUUUUGUGUUUUUUUUGUUGUAACCAACACACAUAUGCUGGCACAUACUGUUUGUAUAUAAGUAGGCACUGUCUGAAGUCCCUGUGGAUAGCAUUGGACAGAUCUUAUGGAACUGUGACUUGGGUUGGUGUGCUCCUUAAACAGUGAUACUUGGAAUGAUGGCGAAUGUUAGAUGCACUGGUGCGGAGUUGGAGCCUGAAGCAGACGUGCCAGCUGGGAAGACCAGGCUGUAUUCGAACUUCAACGUCAAAUGGAGCAUCCGGCUGAAUUUAUACCAUGUGAAGUGCCUGGUGAAGCUGAUGAGGUUGCGUAACUCGUGCAGGAUUAUUACUAGUGACCAUACUGUGAUUGAGAGAAAACUGAGGAAGAGAUACCCAGACGUCCGUCUUACUGCUGUGAGUGUUCGGGAGAAUUGGGCAGUCUUGAAACGUCAGGUAUCGGUGUUGGUUGCAAUGAAAUUGGCUUAUGGAAUCACUGUGGACCCACAUACUGGACUGCUGAACUGUACGGAUGAACAGUGGCGAAUUGUCAGGGGAAAAUUCUAUACUUUUAGCUCAGACAGGAAGAGAUACAGAAACUUUAUGGAUAUCCAGGAAUUGCAGUGGGCAAUGGUGGAGAUGCCAAACUUCCGACUGGACACCAUUUUUUUCCGUGACCAGAAGCUUGUCCUGACAAUAGAGAGUAUGCUAAAUGGGACUGAGGUGAAUGGCGUGGAGCUCUGUAAACAGCGAUUACGGCUCAGGAAUGUCUACAUAGCGAUGCCUUUGGUUCGUCCAGAGAUAUUACCUGAAUUGGAAAGUAAUGAGUCGAAUCAAAUUGUACUGUACAAGCCUAAGAAACAGGAGAGAAAAACCAAGAGGUGAAACAAGACCUUAACGCUAUCUUUAACGAGAGAAAGGGGAGCUGGAUCCACGAUUUCUCAAGAUGAUGAGAAGGUGAAAGAAAAGCCCACUGCUACUUCAAAGAGUAAUCUUAAGACCAUGACCAGUUCGUAUGAAACAUUUGACAAAGAGACGAACCAGAGUUUCUUCGAGAGCAGUAAUACGACAUGAGGAACUUGACAUU